AGGUGCAGCGAGGCCAUGACCAGAGGCCCUGCUGAAACUCUGCGCUUCCAGCCUGCGCUUCACGCCCCGCGCAGCAGGAGCCGCGCCUGGCUAGGGGCUGGCGCGUCUCGGCGUUGCCCCGGCAACCACGCUGCGUGGAGGGGAGGGGCUAGGCGCUGCGUUGCCGCGAGCGCCCACCGUGGUGCCGAGGACUGCCGGGAGGGAGGUGAAUCUCGGGCCGGCCUGGGGGCGGUCCCUGGUGUGUGCUCUUGGGGCGUUCAGUCAUUGCAGCUUUUCACCGAGUCCCGCUCUCCUUCACCCGCGCCCCGCCCGGACUCGAGGAAGCCGCCGGGACGCGUCCGGGCCGACAGGGCGGUUUCCGAGAGGCGGAGCUCAGUCGCCCAUUUCCUUUCUCCGUCGGCUAGAACCCGGACGGCGGCAGCACCCUCUGGCUUCGGACCAUCCUGCGCCAGGCCCAGCGCUGCGCGUGGCCCCAGCGGCAGCAUGGGCGGCGCCCGGGAUGUGGGCUGGGUGGCGGCGGGCCUGGUCCUAGCGGCCGGCGCCUGCUACUGCUUCUACAGGCUGACGCGGGGCCGGCGGCGAGGCGUCCCCGGGCUACGGCUGCGCCCCUCGCGGUCUGCAGAAGACUUAACCAAUGGCUCAUAUGAUGAUAUCCUAAAUGCUGAACAACUUCAGAAACUCCUUUACCUGCUUGAGUCUACUGAGGAUCCUGUCAUUAUCGAAAGAGCUUUGGUCACUCUGGGUAACAAUGCAGCCUUUUCAGUCAACCAAGUCACGAUUCGUGAAUUGGGUGGUAUUCCAAUCAUUGGAAGCAAAAUCAACAAUCCCAACCAGAGUAUUAAAGAGAAAGCUUUAAAUGCACUGAAUAACCUGAGUGUGAAUGUUGAAAAUCAAAUAAAGAUAAAGGUGUACGUCAGUCAAGUCUCUGAGGAUGUCUUCUCCGGCCCCCUGAACUCCGCUGUGCAGCUGGCCGGACUGCGGUUGUUAACAAACAUGACAGUGACCAAUGACCACCAGCACGUGCUUAGCAGUUACAUUACAGACCUGUUCCACUUGUUGCUCACGGGAAACGGAAGCACCAAGGUUCAAGUUUUAAAACUGCUUUUGAAUUUGUCGGAAAAUCCAGCCAUGACAGAUGGACUCCUUGGUGCCAAAGUGGAUUCAUCAUUCCUUUCCCUUUAUGAUGGCCAUGUAGCAAAGGAGAUUCUUCUUCGAGUUCUCACACUGUUUCAGAAUAUAACUACCUGCCUCGAAAAGGAAGGCCGUUUAGCUAUUCAGCCAACUUUCACUGAAGGUUCACUGUUUUACCUGUUAUAUGGAGAAGAAUGUGCCCAGAAAAUGAGAGCUUUAGUUUAUCACCAUGAUGCAGAUGUGAAGGAAAAGGUAACAAUGAUACCAAAAUUCUAACUGGUUGGUCAUAUUUUUCCAAAGAGUAAUGCAGUCUAGAAAUAAUACACAUAAACUUCUCAUUUUUCACCUUC